CGCCGCCGCCUGCUCUGCCUCGCCGGCGCUUCCUCCGGAGCCACCCCGCGCCGGCGAUUGGCUCGGGCAGCCCCGCGGUCUUGACACAGCGGCGCGCCGAGGGCUUGAGGACGUGUUUCAACAGAUGGUUGGGCUGGGCAUCCACAUCAGGACUCAUGUUUUACAGUUCCUUUCUUUCAAACUGCAGACAAGAGCUUGAAAAUUAAGGAACAGAAGCAUUUGCACGCGGUUUUAACAGCAGUACUGGACAGAUACAAUGAAUCAUUAUUGCAUUGCAUUUAUAUGGACUGUGCUUGGCACUGAACUGUUAAGGAGCCACUGUACUACUGUCAAAUCCCCAAGGUUCAGAGGACGUGUACAGCAGGAGCGUAAAAAUAUCAGGCCAAACAUUAUCCUUGUACUCACAGAUGACCAAGACGUGGAGCUCGGUUCUUUGCAAGUGAUGAAUAAAACCAGGAAAAUAAUGGAAAAUGGAGGUGCCACUUUUGUCAAUGCAUUUGUAACGACCCCAAUGUGCUGUCCAUCUCGUUCCUCGAUGUUGACAGGAAAAUAUGUUCACAACCACAAUGUUUAUACCAACAAUGAAAAUUGUUCUUCUCCUUCCUGGCAAGCGACGCAUGAACCACGUACCUUUGCAGUGUAUCUGAACAACACUGGGUAUAGGACUGCUUUUUUCGGGAAAUACCUCAAUGAAUACAAUGGCAGCUACAUCCCUCCUGGCUGGCGAGAGUGGGUUGGAUUAAUCAAGAACUCUCGUUUCUAUAACUAUACUAUUUGUCGCAAUGGCCUUAAAGAGAAGCACGGCUUUGAUUAUGCAAAGGACUAUUUCACAGAUUUAAUCACUAAUGACAGCAUUAAUUAUUUCAAAACGUCUAAGAGGAUGUAUCCCCAUAGACCUAUAAUGAUGGUGAUCAGUCACGCGGCCCCCCAUGGCCCUGAAGACUCUGCGCCACAGUUCUCCGAGCUCUAUCCAAAUGCUUCCCAGCACAUAACUCCCAGUUACAACUAUGCACCAAAUAUGGAUAAGCAUUGGAUCAUGCAAUAUACAGGUCCCAUGCUUCCUAUCCACAUGGAAUUCACAAAUACCUUGCAGCGCAAACGACUUCAAACUUUGCUGUCAGUUGAUGACUCCAUGGAAAGGUUAUAUCACAUGCUAGUGGAGACUGGAGAACUGGAGAAUACCUACAUUAUUUACACUGCUGACCAUGGUUACCAUAUUGGGCAGUUUGGACUGGUCAAAGGGAAGUCAAUGCCGUAUGACUUUGACAUCCGCGUCCCUUUCUUUAUUCGUGGUCCAAGUGUGGAGCCGGGAUCAGUAAUAUCUCAGUUAGUACUGAAUAUUGACCUUGCUCCAACAGUUUUGGAUAUUGCAGGACUCGACACGCCUCCCGAUAUGGAUGGCAAAUCUAUUCUAAAACUGCUGGACCUUGAAAAAGCAGGAAACAGGUUUCGAACAAACAAGAAAACCAAAGUUUGGCGUGAUACAUUCCUAGUGGAAAGAGGUAAAUUUCUGCGCAAAAAGGAAGAAGCGAGCAAAAAUGCCCAGCAAUCGAAUCACUUGCCCAAAUAUGAGAGAGUAAAGGAGUUGUGUCAGCAAGCAAGAUAUCAAACAGCUUGUGAGCAGCCUGGUCAGAAGUGGCAGUGCAUCGAAGAUGCGUCUGGCAAACUCCGCAUUCACAAAUGUAAAGCGUCCAGUGACAUCCUUGCUAUCAGAAAGAGAACACGAAGCAUUCACUCCCGGGGAUACAGCAGCAAAGAAAAUGACUGCGACUGCGGAGAAGCUGAUUACCGGAGCAGUAGGACUCAGAGAAAAAAUCAAAGAGCUUUUAUGAGAAACCCCGGAAUACAAAAAUACAAACCGCGGUUUGUUCACACGCGCCAGACUCGUUCCCUGUCUGUGGAAUUCGAAGGGGAAAUAUAUGAUAUAAACCUGGAGGAGGAGGAACUGCACAUCCUCCAGCCCAAAAGCAUUGUUAAGCGGCAUGGAGGUUACAGUGAAGAGGAGGAGGGCCAGUCAGAAGAUACCGCUGGUGGUGACAAAGCAAUGUUAGCCGAUGGAACCAACGCAGUCGGCCAGCCAGACUCUGUCCGAGUGACUCAUAAGUGUUUUAUUCUUCCGAAUGACUCUAUUCACUGUGAGAGGGAACUAUACCAAUCAGCCAGAGCCUGGAAAGACCACAAAGCCUACAUUGACAAAGAGAUUGAGGCUCUCCAAGAUAAAAUUAAGAAUUUAAGAGAAGUGAGAGGACAUCUAAAAAGACGAAAACCUGAGGACUGUGACUGUAGCAAAAAAAGCUAUUACAAUAAAGAAAAGGGGGUUAAAGGUCAAGAAAAGCUUAAGACAAGUCACCUUCAUCCAUUCAAGGAAGCUGCCCAAGAGGUAGAUGGCAAACUUCAGCUCUUCAAAGAGAACCGGAGGAGAAGGAAAGAAAGGAAAGGGAAAAAGCGCCAGAAAAAAGGAGACGAAUGCAGCCUUCCUGGACUCACUUGUUUUACGCAUGAUAACAACCAUUGGCAGACUGCACCAUUCUGGAACCUGGGAUCGUUUUGUGCUUGUACAAGCUCAAACAAUAACACUUACUGGUGCUUACGAACACUAAAUGAAACACAUAACUUCCUCUUCUGUGAGUUUGCUACAGGAUUCCUGGAGUAUUUUGACAUGAACACAGACCCCUACCAGCUGACAAAUACAGUACACACUGUAGAAAGAGGCACCUUGAACCAGCUACACAUACAGCUCAUGGAGCUACGAAGUUGUCAAGGUUAUAAGCAGUGCAACCCAAGACCUAAGGGGCUUGACACAGCAGAGGACAGUUAUGGCAUGGAUGGGAAGGCUAAGUUGCCAAUCUUCAUGGAAAAUGUCAACUGGCAAGGACUGGAAGAUUUGUACAGUGUGAAUGAAAGUUUAUAUGAAGCCAGAAAUGACUACAGACUUAGUCCUAACGACUGGACAAAUUACUUGAAGGAUGUAGAUAGAAUCUUUGCACUGCUGAACAGUUACUCUGAGCAAAAUGGAAGAGCAAAGACUCAGGCUACUUAUGCCAGUGGGUACUUGGAUGAAUCAUCCACACCAUUUUCCUUGCUGGAAAUGAGCUCUGCUGAAUCAGACGAAGGUUCAAGUUGGUUGACAGCCCAAGAGGCCCAGCCUAUUAUGCCUACAGAUUUGGGGACACUGGCUUUGAGCGCCAUUAUGUUAAGCCAGGAGAGCAAACCUGAACUAAGCAAUGAUAUUCCUGCAAACGUGAGUCCAAACCUACCACACUGGAAUAGUCACCAAGCUGACACGUGGCUGGAGACCAAAGAACCAGUUCGUAUUGAAAUGGAUUUCAGUGGGAAUGACUUGACAGAGCUUGAGUCUAGCCAUAGCUUCACCUUACAACCCAGUAACAUUCUUCAGAAAGACUCGGCCCAAGACAGUGACUCUGCAGAAGAUAUUUUUGAAGAGCAGAUCUAUCUUCCCAUGAAUGCAGGGGCAGUCCACCAGUUCAUCAUGGAGCAUAAAACUGAGAGGGCAUUGAAAAAAAGGGAACAUUUUCCAAAUUCUUCACAGCGUCUAAGUGUAGAAGGCAGUGCCUCAUCUCCACUCUCCUCAGAUUAGAUUGUGGUAAACCACACAUUCUUUCUUCUUUAUUAAUUAGUUGGCAAAUAGUAGUAAUUAUGACAACUGACAUACCAAAUUUUGCUACUGUUAACUUUUUUUUUAGCAAAAUGAACCAUGAUAUGUGCUCUGCAUACACAUACACAAACCCUUAAAGUGUAACUGAAGGAGCCAGAGUUCCAGUGUUAAAAAGAAAGUCACAUUGCAGUGAUACCCUGAUUUUCUGCAGUAUAAAGGCAUCUGCAAAUUAGUAUUUUGAGUCAUUUGUCUUCUUGUUCCCCAAAUGGCUCACCACAAAUGAAUGUUUCUGUCCACUUAAGCUCCCUGAAUCAUGUUUUUUUUUUAAUUAACCACUUAAAUUUCAUACUGAUGAGUAAAAUUAUAUUGCACUUUUAUAAUCUGUGUGCCAUAGCCUUUAUUAAUCUGGUACAUGUUCUUAGUUUUGCUAAAUAGUGUGUAAUUGCAACAAAAUAAAGUAGGUUGGUAGCAAAAGCGA